CACUCGUUGCUUUGCUUUGAUCGAUUCCAUCACUCCGGCCGUGUGCGCGCGCGCGUCAGAUCGUGUACUGUGGCCCGAUCCCGAUGACCCCAUCGACAUCGUCGGAUUCUCCCCGCUGCCGGAGUAGAGUGAACUAGCUAGCUUGAUCUCACUGCACGCACGGCUGAGGCUGAGAGAGAGAAGACGACGGCCGGCCGGCCGGCGGCGAGGUUGUAAGGUAUCUGUCUUGUAUAUAUGCUCGUGAGUGAUUAAGGGAGGAGGGGGCUAGCCAAGCAAGCUUUGUGGAGAUGGAGGCGCGGCAGCGGCUGCUCCUCGUCGUCGUUGUUGUUGCCGCGCUCUGCGCGUCCGCCGCCGCCGGCGGCGGCGGCGGCAACGCGUCGUCGUCCUCAACAACGGGGUACCACGGGAACCCGACGUUCAACGCGAAGAACUACGGCGCCAAGGGCAACGGCGUCAACGACGACACCAAGCCGCUCAUGUCCGCGUGGAAGGCGGCGUGCUCGGCGGCCGGCGCGGUUACGCUGGUGCUCCCGCCGGGGACCUACUACAUCGGGCCGGUGCAGUUCCACGGGCCGUGCAGCAAGGCCUCCAGCAUGACCUUCCUCAUGCAGGGGACGCUCAAGGCGGCGACCGACCUGAAGCGGUUCGGCAACGACUGGAUCGAGUUCGGCUGGGUGAACCAGCUCACCGUCACCGGCCAGAACGGCGCCACCAUCGACGGCCAGGGCGCCGCCUCCUGGCCCUUCAACAAGUGCCCCAUCCGCAAGGACUGCAAAGUCCUCCCCACCAACGUGCUGUUCGUGAACAACAAGAACCUGGUGGUGCAGAACGUGGCGUCGCUGAACAGCAAGUUCUUCCACUUCGCGCUGCUGCAGAACAGCAACGUGAAGAUCAGCGGCGUGAAGGUGAGCGCGCCGGGGAACAGCCCCAACACGGACGGGUUCCACAUCGAGCGGAGCAGCGGCGUGACCAUCGCCGACACGACCAUCGGCACCGGCGACGACUGCAUCUCCAUCGGCCAGGGGAACGACAACAUCGAGGUGGCGCGCGUCCACUGCGGCCCGGGCCACGGCAUGAGCGUCGGCAGCCUUGGCCGGUACGUCGGCGAGGGCGACGUGACGCGGAUCCACGUCCGCGACAUGACGUUCCACGGCACCAUGAACGGCGUCCGCAUCAAGACGUGGGAGAACUCCCCGACCAAGAGCGUCGCCGCCCACAUGCUCUUCGAGAACCUCGUCAUGAACGACGUCCAGAACCCCAUCAUCAUCGACCAGAAGUACUGCCCCUACUACAACUGCGAGCACAAGUUCGUGUCCGGGGUGACGAUCAAGGACGUGCAGUUCAAGAACGUGAAGGGGACGGCGACGACGCCGGUGGCGGUGCUGCUCAAGUGCGGCGUGCCGUGCCAGGGCGUCGUGCUGCAGGACGUGGACCUGCGGUACAAGGGGAAGGGCGUCACGUCGUCCAAGUGCGAGAACAUCAAGGCCAAGUACGGCGGCUACCAGAACCCGAAGCCGUGCGGGUAGCCGACCUAGCUAACCACGCCUCGCCGCGCCGGCCGGUGUACGACGACGAGAAUUAAUUGGAGAUGGUUUUGCCAUAUAUACACCAUCUGAGCGUCCGGGAAUUUACCUAGCAAGUUUCCCUUUUUUCUCUCUUCAUGUUUCUUAAUUAGAUGAUUUUGUUUCUUAAUUUUUCUAUCUGUCUCUAUCUACUAUCUAUAUUUGUUGCUUGAUUAAUUAGCCGAUUCUGUGGUAUAAGUGAGCUGCCGGCCGGUUGCUGCAUGGCAUCUAUUUUCUGAAUCAUGACUAAACUUUGUGGAUA